UUCCCAUACCUCCCUCUGGUCUCCCCCACCCAGCAUCCCAUCCCUCCUUUGAGUCUCUCCCCUCAACAGGCAUCUCCUCCCGCUCCCUCCCCUUCCUUGUCAUCCCAUCCCUCCUUGCACCAUUCAGUCUCCCCAAGCACAUCACCACUCCAUUCCUGGAUAUUGUAUUCCCCCCACCCCUCUGGCAAGCACCUCAACCCCCCACUCCUCCCAGGCAUCUGACCCCCGCUCCUAUCUGUCCCCAGCUCCCCGACAAGCUGAUCCCCAGCCUGGUGAAGUAUUAUUACUCCUGGAAGAAGACAAGGAGCCGCACGAGUGUCAUGGACCGACAGGCCCGCCGGCUGCUCAGCAAGAAGGAGAGGGAUGACAGUAACGACGAGAUGGAGGAGGGACGGGCAGCCAGCGAGGGGGAGUUUGAUGCCAUGGACCCCAAGAAGGAGCCGAGCUACCAGAAGCUGCCGAACAGCCGACCGGGCCCAGGAUCGGGCUCAGGGCCUGUGAGAAAGGAGGCGCAGCUGUCGCAGUAUCGGCACCACCCACUGCGCUCACGCCGGCGCCCCCCCAAGGGCAUGUACCUGAGCCAGGAUGACAUCGCUGGCAUCUCAGCCAGCCCUGAUGUGGGCACCCUGGCGCUGCGCCACCUCGACUCACAGCUCGUCUCCCUCAAGCGCCAGGUAACCCUGACCCCCCAUCACCUCUGCAAACCCCCAGCCCUGAUGUGGGCACCCUGGCGCUGCGCCACCUCGACUCACAGCUCGUCUCCCUCAAGCACCAGCCCUGAUGUGGGCACCCUGGCGCUGCGCCACCUCCUCAACUCACAGCUCGUCUCCUCACAGUGCCAGGGGAAACAGCAAGUCAACUCGCGCUGGACAUACGGACGAGCAGCUGCUGGCCUCGUGCUAG